AUGCAUUCGGCUGCGCGUAAACCUGCGGCAGGUGUCCAGUUCUCGGUCGAUCGACUGUGGGUCUUGAUACCUUGCCUCGUUGACCCGUCGAGCACGUCUCGGCUCGUGAACGCGUCGUGUCGCGUCAUGUCGCGUCGUGUCGCGUCGUGUCGCGUCGUGUCGCGUCGCGUCGAGGCUAGGGGGGUCGCGCACUCGCUCUGACGGUCUCGGCGGACCCACCACCGAGCACCAUCAGAUACUGAUCUCCUUCAAACGCUAUAUCACGAUGCAGAUUCGGUGACUCGGCUACUCCGAAACGCGCUGCUCGUCCUACAGGACCCCCAGGAUCGAAUGGACGUCCCAGCGGUGGCCACCUCGGGUCCUCGCCAACUGCUCACGGCACUACACCCAAGUCGAACGCUCGUUUACCCCAUAAUGUUGGAUCCAGUCCAAUGUUAGAGUCAGUCGAGUUUGCAUUCUUCUCCUUUCACGAGGCCUAGGAACAAGGCUCGAGGACAUUUGCGCUCAUCGUCUCCCACGCGCUCCGACACCAACUGACGUCCCUUACUACUUGACCCUGCUCUAGCUCAUCGCCUUCCUCAAACUCCAUCUCGACGAGUGCGGCUCCCCCAGUCCCCUUCUCGGAGCGGAAGGACAAGUUGUCGAUCCAAGAGUCGUUGAACGGUCAUUUGGGUCUGCCCUCGGCCGAUGAUCGCAGCGGCGAUGCACCGAGGGUCGUCUUGUCGAGUACGAUGGACCCCAAAAAGUACGCGUACAGGAUCGCAUAUGAACGACCGAUGGAGAGGAGUGAAGGUGAAUGAACACGAGAUUUAUUGCGCGAUGCGUUACUUCCGUUCGACUUUUCACGUAGCUGACUCGGUCCAACUUCACACCAGCCCUUGACGCGGCGAUCGAUGCCGCCGCAGACAUUCUGAGAGAGUAUUACGGUAUUGAAGAGUACGGUGAUGCUAGUCUACAGUCGCAGGUGAGCUGGGCCACCGACAGGAGAUACAGAAGCGUGGGAGGGUUCGUGGGAGGUUUACGAAAGUUUUCCUGACUUUGAUCACGCGCGUCCAGGACGACAUUAUCGUGUGUGGACGAUUGUGCCCAGAGUCCGACCAAGCCAAAAUGACCGACACCUCGACAUGGCUCGAAUCAUCUCGCGCUCUGGGGAGUGGCUUCCGAGUGUUACUCAAGUUUGAGCCAGGGAUGAAAGUGCGAGGAGCGCCGCCGGGUGCGGGUGGUAUCGGCUUGUUCCCGGGUUGCAUGGUCGCUUUGAAGGGACGGAAUGGGGGCGGAAAGCUGUUUGCUGUUGAUGAAAUAAUGAUGGUUCGUCGUCUGUCUGAUUCGCUCGUUGGCCACUCGAAGUGGGCGAGUUCGCUAACUACUGCCCCCCCUCCACUUCAGAUGCCGCCCAUGGAUGCCCCCGUCACUGCGCCGUCCGAGAUCUUGGCGAGACAACAUGGCGACAAAGUCAAGCAGUUGAACGGCAAGCCCAUGUCGCUCCUCGUCGCAGCAGGUCCUUACACACUUGACGGCGAUCUCAACUACGAACCGCUGUCAGCCUUGCUCGAUCUGGCCCAAGCCGAACGGCCCGAUGUACUUGUCUUGCUCGGCCCCUUCGUCGAUGCUGAACACCCCAAGAUCCGAAGUGGCGAUAUCGACAUGAUGCCCGACGAGCUGUUCCGCUCCCAAAUCUCGACCAAACUGAACAAGCUAUUGCAGGCUGCACCGCGGACGGCGAUCAUCCUCGUCCCGAACCAACGCGAUCUCGUGAACCACCAUGUCGCCUACCCACAAUCACCCUUUGUACGAGAGACGUUGGCCCUUCCGAGGGGUGUGAAACUGUUGCCGAAUCCGACGACGUUCAGCAUCAACGAAGUCGUUUUCGCAAUCACAUCCGUCGACGUCCUCUUUGCCUUGCGCCACCAAGAGUUCUUCAAGAAAUGCGGUGAGGUCAAGGAAGAGGGGGAAGGGAUGGAUAUGGAUGUCGAAGAGGAUCCGGCCGCCAAAGACGUGAUGGCGAGGACGUGCCGCCACCUCUUGAGGCAGCGAAGCUUCUAUCCCAUCUUCCCGGCCCCGAUCGGCGCGCGCAACUUGCCGAGCUUGAAUCUCGACGUGACGCAUCAGGAGUUGAUCAAGAUGGAUGCGGCGGGAGCCGAUGUCGUCAUUGCGCCUUCCAUGUUGAAGCACUUUACCCGGGUGAGUCUUUCACAUAUGCUUUGCCGUGGCUUUGAAUGCUGAUUGUUCGCGCUGCGGCUGUGCUCAGAUUGUCGAUUCCACCAUCAUGAUUAACCCUUCGUUCUUGUCACGAGGGAACCUACCGGGUACAUUCGCCCGUGCCACCGUGCGCCCGAUCGAUCGAGACUCGCUACAGCAAGCUGUUCAAGAGGAUGAGAAUUCUGAGAUUGAACAUCGGCUAUGGGAGAGGUGUCGAGUCGACGUCAUCAAGAUCUGA